CUUUCAUGCAUCGCUUUUGCUCUCCGUUACAACGCCAGGUUACGGCAUGGCAGACGGGGAGAUAUCGCCUCUGCUGUCAGACUGUCGCGACGAAAUGAACGGACUGUCACCGGGAGAUCUAUGAACCAUGUUAGAUUGUUUUGGAGCAAGUUUUAAUCGCAGUGCCGUGCAGUAAGAAAUGAUGCGCAAUUUCUCACAUUCGGUUUUUCACCAUUCCCGUAUGCACCUCCACAUCACUCUUCAAUGUUAGGAGAGGCUCCUCCACUAUACUCCUCAGAGAGUGGCAACGAUCCUGUCAUCAGCUGCAGAGUGUGUCAGUCACUUAUUAGUGUGGGGGGGAAAAUCCACCAGCAUGUAGUCAAAUGUGGGGUCUGCAAUGAGGCUACACCCAUAAAGAAUGCUCCAGCAGGAAAGAAAUAUGUGCGCUGUACCUGUAGCUGUCUUCUCAUCUGCAAAGUCACCUCUCAGAGGAUCGCCUGCCCCCGACCAUACUGUAAGCGAAUUAUCAAUUUAGGUCCUGUUCAUCCUGGUGCAGUGAGUCCAAACCCUCAGCCUAGUGGUGCCAGAGUCUCAUGUGGCCACUGUGCUAACACUUUUCUGUGGACAGAGUUUACAGAUCAGACAUUGGCACGCUGUCCGCACUGCAGAAAAGUCUCAUCAAUUGGCCAGAGGUACCCUAGAAAGCGGAGUUUGAUAUGUUUCCUGUUGUGUUUGAUCUUUACCACAGCGACUGUGGGAUUGAUAGAGGGUACAUGGCAGCUGGCACUUGGUAAUAAGGGGAUAUAUGCUUCCUGGGCAUUUUUCAUUCUUCUGGUGCUGAUCACUUUGCUCAGAACUCUACAUUGGGCCUGCAUGAAAAUCAGUGAACCCCUGCAAAACUAUUCAUAAUGUGAAAGAGACAAAAACAAGGAGUUUACAAAUGAAGGAGAAAACAGAGCAAAGCUGUUCAAAUAAAGAUUUGAGAGAGUUAUACUCCAUAUAAAUGGGUGAAUCUCAUGAAACCUCUUAAGAAUAUCACCAGGUCAUAUUUCAUCCCAAAAUGAAAAUACAUAAAUAAGAAGUUAGGUUUUACAAUAUGUUUGCAUUUUAACAACUUUAAAGGAAUAGUUCACCCAAAAAUGAAAAUUCUCUCAUCAUGCACUCAGCCUCAUGCCAUCCCUGAUGUGUAAAACUUUCUUUCUUCUGCUGAACACAAACAAAUAUUUUAGAAGAAUAUCUCAGCUCUGUUGGUACAUACAAUGCAAGUGAAUGGUGACAAGAACUUUGAAGAUCCAAAAAGCAUGUAAGGGCAAC